AUGGCUAUUUAUUACUUACAAAUCAUAUCCCAGAAUAAAGAGACCGAUCAGGCUAAGGGAUUACCCAACUGCCGAGAAACUGGAACAUGUCAGCAGUAUCAAUCCAGUCGUUCAGUGGAUGGAGACAUUAACACGUGUACAAGGACAGCACCUUUUGGAACUACAACUAGUAAUCCAGAUAAAUGGACAUGGUGGUAUGUUGACCUUGAGAAAGUACUCAGCAUCUACAGCAUCAGUAUACAGUUCAAAGACUAUGGAGAACAAUAUGUAAUGAGACAAAGAGGGCGUUUUGCUGGUUUCUCGCUCUAUGUGUCAAACACAACUAUAAAGGAGGAUGGGUAUCUGUGUUACAAAAAUGGACAGGAGUUACCGACCUUGGAUUUCACUACCACUUGCGUCAAACAUGGACGUUACGUUAUAUUCUACAAUGAAAGACUUGACGGGACAACUUAUCCUACCGGAUAUGAAACAUCCCGUGUUUACACUGAAUUGUGUGAAGUAACUGUAACAGGAUGUAAAGAAUCCGGUGUGUAUGGAAAUAACUGUGAUUUACCGUGUCCAAACAACUGUCAGGAAUUGAGAUGUGACAUUGUCAACGGAACGUGUUUGGGUUGUACUGCAGGAUGGAUGGGAGAGUUUUGUAAUGAAUCCUGUCCAGCUGGAUACUACGGUCUACAGUGUAGAUCUACGUGUACUGGACACUGCAGAGACAACCUGUCCUGUAAUCACACCACUGGACAAUGUGACUAUGGCUGUGGUAAUGGAUGGACAGGAAUACAUUGUAACACAGAGUGCCCUCCAGGAACAUAUGGCCCAGAUUGUCUGAAUGUCUGUAAUGUGACAAAUGGCUGUAAUCCAGGAUAUACCAAAGAAAUCUGCGACAAAGAGGCACCUAAUGCCAGUAAUGACGAGUAUAGUACUACAGAUGCAUAUAGUGCCGUCUUGUCAAUCUCAGUGGUCAUCAACUCCGUGCUUAUUGUUGUCAUUGUUAUAUUACUGAGGGUAAUCUAUAACAGAAAACAAGAGCAGCGUUCUUCUGACUACAGCUCCAGUGCAGAAAUAUCGCCACCUUCCCAAAUCCAUAAUAACGAUGUACACCAGUAUCAGGAACUCAACAUGCCCAAUGAUAGUUCAUACCAGAAUCUGUCAUUAAGCGAUCGUUCGUAGAAUGCAUUUUACACUAAACGCACUGCUACUGUAUUGCUUGUGAAAUCACUUUUUGAAAUAUUCAUUUCCAUCAAUGCAUUUGCAGGAUAUCCAGAGCAUGGUGGUUCACAUGCUAAAACUAAAGUUUUAGGUGUUACUAAUAUUGCUGAUCAACAAUACCGGCGCCACUUUAUCAAAUGACACUAAUUCACGUUGUUUGUAUUUACUAGUGUCUUGUCAAUAACGAUCCUUUGUUAGUUCAAUACUUUUAUAUUCUCAUGUAAGAACUCAUGCUUACGCCACAUAAUGACUUGUUUUGAUUGAAAAGUAUUUUGGAACAUAAUAAUCAAAACAAGUUUAAUUUUACAGAGCACGAUGCAAAUGCAUUCCUUCCAAAUACUAAAUCCCAAAUAUCAUUAAGUACAAUAUCUGUAUCCUUACCGAAGUUAACUUCUUUAAAUAUUUAAAUAUCACCGCCUGAAUCCAUUCGCCUUCUUUCAUGAAAUGAAUUAAGAAUUUUAUAGACAAUAUCACCGUUGAAUUGACGAAUGGUUCCAUGCAACAUACCAUAUCUAUCUGACUGUCCAGAGUGAUUUUAUGUUUUAAGUAUAUUUUCACUUUAGCUAUUGAAUAUUUGAAUGGUUUUAAUGAACAAUGGGUACAAGUAAAGGAUAUUUUUAAGCAAGAUAAAAAAAAAUCCAUAGUGUUCCACAAUUUAGAGAACACAUUCCCAUCAGUCCCUUUGACUCCUGGAUCGAAUGCUUUCUCUGAACUAUUCUACACCAUCACAUAUUUUAACCAUGACAUAAACACCCUUGUCGUAUUAGAGUAUUAUACAUCAUUGGAAAACAAUUGUGGAAUUUAGCAUAUUCUAAAACCAAAUCAAGAAGAAUAUAAGUGACAGGAAAUUGUUUGUGAUGAAUGUGGACUUUUUUUAUCUAACAAUUUGCAAACAAACGAAAACAUGUAAAAUAUUUAAAGUACUGGCAUCCCCUGUCGAUCGUUUUUUUUUUAAUAUAAAAAUCUUAAUCUUAGAGUAAUAUAUUGAUAUAGUCGACGAUAUUGAACUAAAAUCAUGAAAUGUGAAAUCAAUUUGAAAACCACCGGUACUGUAUGAAAAGUGAAGAUAACGAACAGUUAUCAGUCUCAUACAAUACAAUAAACGAAAUACAAUUCAAAAUAAUAAUGAUUGCGUUAUUUCUCUCUUACUCUAGAUUACACGGCACAUCUUACUGUUUCAGUGUUAAUUAUCAAUGCUUUCAGUUUUCUUAAACCAAAAAAAAAAUAAUAAUAAUAAUAACUAAUACUAAUGAAAGGGAAAUAUAAUGAACAGUGACCAAUCUCAUCACUUCUAUAAGCAAUACAAAAUAGAGAGUUAGGCAAACACAGACUCCUGGAUAUACCAGAAGUGCGAUCAGGUGCCUAGGAGGAGUAAGCAUCCCCAGUCGACAAAUCACACCUGUCGUGAGCCCCAUAUCCUGAUUAGGUAAACGGAAUUAUCCGUAGUCAAAAUCAGUGUGUCAAGAACGGCCUAACUAUCGGUAUGAAAUACGUCAGACAGCAUUUGACCCAAAAAUAGGUUGUAUUGACACACUAUAUCGUUAUAACGACCAUAGGAGUUGCAAAAUGCUGACUUUAAACGAAACUGUUGAAACCACUACACCAUCAACGUGUUUGUCAGUAGCCUGCCUUGAUUAAAAAACUGACCAUACGCAGAACAAGCUCUUGCGUAUCGAAUCAGUUGAAGGAUAUAAACAUCAUAUGCAGAGUCGUCUACUUCUGCUUUAUACUUAGAUACUGUAUUGAAAGUAGAUGUUGAAGGCAAACUAACAACUCAACUUUGUGAUAAAUGAGAUGAUUUCAGCUUUUACAUCGUCAACUUCCCAUAUUUAUGUAGCAAUAUUCCAUUCAACUGCAUAUGGUCUGUAUAUCUCCUUUUAUUGUCUUCAUCCUCCACAGCGCAAAACGCAUAUUCUAGUCGCCCAUGGCAGGACAAACUGCAAGCCCAGGGGUGGUCACCGGCACCAAAGGUAGUACUGGAAAGGAGAAAAGUAUGGGCUGAAUUGUAAAACUAACCUGAAACCCCUGUAUUACUAGUCAGGUGCUUUAACCACUGAGCUAUCCAGGCUAAUAUCUACUUUCCAUAUAACCCUAAAUUUCAGCUGUAAGAAUUCCCAAGAAACAGCCAUAGAUAUAUGUACAUACAGUGCAAAAUGUUACUAAAAUUAGAACAGACAUUAUAAGAAUAAUUUCAUUUAGUAAAUGACACAAUAUUUAUAAUAUAUUGUGAAAAUUUGAAACAUACAUUUAUUUGUAAUUAUACAAGAAGAUGUAAUACCUGAUAGAUUAAUGACUUCUGGAUUUCAGUCGGAUGUAAGUGUGUAACUGCAUUCAAAUUCUGAAUUUUACAUAGAAAAAAGACACGUAUACAAAUGCAUUAUGAAAGAUAUGGGAUUUACCAGAGAUCUAAAGAUCCGCCGGGUUAAAUGCUUCUAAUAAAGCUAAUUUUUACUUGGUACUUGGAAUGAUUACGCUACAGAUAGUUCAUUAAUGGUGGUUUAUUUCCAUCAAUACAUCAAUCUCAUAUCUCCUAUAAGGAAUAAGAAAUUAAGAGU